UUUCUCGGCUAGAGAAUUUGUUGUUUUACGGCAUGACCAUAAUUUUUAGGUGUGAAUUUCAGCUGUAUUCAAUAUUCAGAAUCAAAAGAGGAUAAAUUCAUCCAGCCGGAGCCAAACAAGGCUCUAUGAAAUGUACGUGGUAUUCAAAAUUUUUGAGUAUCUGAAGCGUUCAUCCUUUAUUCAUCAGCAAAAUUCUCGCCAAAACGGCCAGUAAUUUGAGCAAUGGAAGCAGAGACGGUGAUGAGGAAAGAGGCAGCGGCGGAGGUUAUAACCGGAACCGAAGCAAAAUCGGCGCCGGUGAAGACAAAAAUGAAUGAAGUGGAGUUAGUGAAAUGCGAGUGCUGCGGAUUGACGGAGGAUUGCACGGUGGCGUAUAUAGGGAGGGUUAGGGAGAGGAACGAAGGGCGAUGGAUUUGCGGACUGUGUGCAGAGGCAGUAAAGGAUGAAAUCAUGAGGUCAUCGGAGAGGCGAAUUGGGAGAGAGGAGGCUCUGAAUCGGCACAUGAAUUUCUGCAGCAAGUUCAGAGCUCUAACGCCACCACCGAAUCGGACGGACGAGUUGAUAUCGGCGGUGAAGCAGCUGAUGUUAAGGAGUUUGGAUUCGCCGAGAUCAAGUCCGGUGAGAAGGCAAGGUCUAGUUCGAUCUCAGAGUUGUUUUUCAGUAAUUGAUAGUUGAAUGGAUUUUAGUGAUAAAAUGAAUGCCUUUUGCAUUAGUUGGUAAUUUUGAAAGGGAUAUUAGUUUUAAGUAAAUCAGUACUAAAUGGUUAAUAGAAUUAAGGGAUUUUGGUUGCUUAAGGUGAUGUAAUCAGUUUAAACUAUUGUUCAAUUUUGAAGGAUAACCAUGCUGUUAGUUUUAUUUAUUUUUAAGUGAAAAUAUACCACUCUUGUUUUAUCCUCUU